AUGGACGAGACCGAUAUUGAUGGCUUACAUCGAGAGCAGCGAGUCAGAACAAGUCAUCAAAAUGAGUUGCAUGAGCAACCCGAAAAGACAGAAAGCCCAGAGGAAAUGGUGGAGAACUCACACUAUCCGCAGGGGAUUCGAUUUUGGUUAAUCACGAUUGCAAUUUCAAUAGCCUUAUUUUUGACGAACCUAGAAAUCCCGAUCGUCACGACUUCUGUGGUUGCCAUUACUGAUGAUAUCGGUGGAUUUGAUAAGUCGGGAUGGCUUAUCUCGAGUUAUCUGCUCGGGUACGUUGGUGUCGUAGUAAUAUUUGCAAAAUUGAGCGAUAUUCUAGGUCGCAAGUUGCUUCUCGCAACAGCGAUCAUCAUUUUCAUCAUCGGCUCGGCAGCAUGUGGAGCCUCUCAGACUAUAGUCCAACUGAUUGUCUUUCGAGCAAUACAAGGAAUUGGCGGUGGCGGUUGCUUUGCCGUGGGAAUCACGAUGAUCACUGAUUUGGAAUCUAGCAUCCCAUGCGCGGCACCGGCCCUCGCUUUCACGGUCUUUGCCAUCCCACCUGGUUUUCAUGGAGCACCGAUAGAGAGGCCAGUUUCUCCCGCCCGCAAAUUUCUUGGUAAAGAAGUUCGAGACCGGAUGGACUUCUUGGGCGGAAUUCUAUUACUUCUGGCAACCCUAGCUCUGACUGCUGGAUUUCAUGAGGCCAACGCUGCGUUUCCGUGGCGAUCAGCUUAUGUCAUUACGCUUUUGACUUCAUCCAUACUUCUUUGGUUCGCAUUGGUAUAUUGGGAGCGCAAAGUCACCUUGGCCAAUGACAUGCGAGAGCCAGUCUUGCCUUGGGUAUUCCUCGCCAAUAGAGUUGUACUCGGUCUUUUGCUAGAUUCUCUUUUUCUGGGGGGGAGUUGGUUUGUCGGCGUUUUCACCCUCCCUCAAAGAUAUCAAAUUGUACAUGCCACUUCCGCACUUCAGGCCGGCAUCCGAACUAUGCCUUUUACCUUCGCUGCACCCCUCGGAGCUGCUUGGUCAUCGGCAGCUACAGGAAAAUACAAGAUCCCACCGAUAUUCAUCCUCAUGGUCUCUGCUAGUCUACAAAUUCUAGGAUUUGCCUUGUUAGCAACACUGCCCAAUUCUGUUGCGGUACCCGCCCGUAGUUAUGGUUUUCAGAUCGUCGCUGGGUUUGGCUGCGGCAUUACCAUUUCACUUCCUGCACUCGUGAUACCAUUUCUAGUGGAGAUAAAACACCGAGCUGUGGGACUUGGUGCGAUAGGUCAAACACGUAUCAUGGGAGGGUCAAUAGUCCUCGCGAUCGCAAGCUCAGUCUUUCAUAGUUAUACUCGGCCGCGAUUACAAAAUCUGACAGGCAGUAAAGAAGUAGCUACUCAUAGUGGCUGGUCCCAAGGGUCAAUACCCAGUGAUGAAGUUCGUCACAUCAUUGCGCGAGGUUACGACUUACAGAUGCUCGUCUUAUGUGGCUGUGGUGGGGCGCAACUAUUAGCUAUUCUACUUAUGUGGAGAAGGAAGCAGGUUGUCAUUGGUUAAGGGUCAUUCGUGGAGAAGGUUUACCUGUAAUUAAUGGGUACUGUGAUCC